CUGUAGCCUUAUUUAUUACACACCCAAAGUAUAAAACCACCCAGCCGGCUGCAGCUCUCAUCUCCAGACCUGGCAUCUGCCUGAGGCGACCACGGCACCUACAGCCCCCAUCCGCUUCCCAGGGAGACGCUGCGGCUCUGUUGUGAGCCAUGCUCAGGAGGCAGCUCGUCUGGUGGCACCUGCUGGCUCUGCUUUUCCUCCCAUUUUGCCUGUGUCAAGAUGAAUACAUGGAGGUGAGCGGAAGAGCUAAGAACGCGGUGGCCAGGAUAGUGCAGAGCCACCAGCAGACUGGCCGUAGCGGCUCCAGGAGGGAGAAAGUGAGAGAGCGGAGCCACCCUAAAACUGGGACUGUGGAUAAUAACACUUCUACAGACCUAAAACCCCUGAGACCAGAUGAGCUUCCACACCCUGAGGUAGAGGACCUAGCCCAGAUCAACCCAUUCUGGGGCCAGUCUCCACAAACCGGAGGACUGCCCCCAGACUGCAGCAAGUGUUGUCAUGGAGAUUAUGGAUUCCGAGGUUACCAGGGGCCCCCUGGGCCUCCAGGCCCUCCUGGCAUUCCAGGAAACCAUGGAAACAAUGGAAACAACGGAGCCACUGGCCAUGAAGGGGCCAAAGGAGAAAAAGGAGACAAAGGAGACCUGGGGCCUCGAGGAGAGCGGGGGCAGCAUGGCCCCAAAGGAGAGAAGGGCUACCCAGGAGUGCCACCAGAGCUGCAGAUUGCGUUCAUGGCUUCUCUAGCAACUCACUUCAGCAAUCAGAACAGUGGCAUUAUCUUCAGCAGUGUGGAGACCAACAUCGGAAAUUUCUUUGAUGUCAUGACUGGUAGAUUUGGGGCCCCUGUAUCAGGUGUGUACUUCUUCACCUUCAGCAUGAUGAAGCAUGAGGAUGUGGAGGAAGUGUACGUGUACCUUAUGCACAAUGGCAACACAGUCUUCAGCAUGUACAGCUAUGAAACAAAGGGGAAAUCAGACACAUCCAGCAACCACGCAGUGCUGAAGCUGGCCAAAGGGGAUGAAGUCUGGCUGAGAAUGGGCAAUGGUGCCCUCCACGGGGACCACCAGCGCUUCUCCACCUUCGCAGGCUUCCUGCUCUUUGAAACUAAGUGACAAGAAGGACAGGAUAGCUCCACUUUGGGGGAGACCUGUAACUGAGCUAGGAUUGUUAGGAUUGGUGGGAUGUUGAAUUGGGGGUCCUAUAUGGAGUAUUUAACCGUUGUAUUGGUCACUGUGCUACUUGUUCAACUGGUACACCAAUCAUGUUGGAUGCUUCAGAGGCUCAGAAGAAUAGGCCACAAGGUAACCUUCCCAGAUGACCUUGGGAAAUACUCAGCAUCUUCUUCACUCUUCCCUACAUGUCUGAAGGAAAUGUCAUCUGAUGCAGGUUGGAAAUAAGUGUUCACCUCAAAGGAGGCAUGUGCAAAGAGUUUUGGUGCUCUGUUUCAAUGUAGUAUCAACCAAGUUCUAGUCCACUGUUCUUCACAACAUUUCAGAGACUAGCCUGAUUAUGACAGGGCUAGGCCAAGAAUAAGAAGACUCACUCACUAGAACCUCUCUGGAGAAACACUUGUAAAGCUAGACUGGGAAAUAGCAUUUGGUUUAGUGGCUUUGUGUUCUUUUAGUCAUAGUAAAAUUAUUUACAAUGCCACAAAUAAUUGGUUGUUCUUCAAAAACAUAAACAAACAUGUAAAUUAAUAUUCAGUUCUAAUGGCUUAGAUUUUCAGAUAUAACAUUUUCUCAUAAUCCAGAACUGGGCUUAUCACAUCUGGCUUACCAGAUCUUCUCUUUGCCAUUGCAUUAUUCUGACUAUAGUAGAGCUCUCUUGACUCUACACAACCAGCUGAGGUAAGAUUAAGCUGAUACAGUACAGAUGUUAUCACGUUUUUUAAUUUGAGGACUGUCCAAAACGUUUAUAUUUUAAAUACAGCAUGUUAUGUUGAAGGACUUGUGAACUUAAGUCUAUACAAGCAGACUAAUGGAUUCAGAAUGUAAGUGUAUUCCAUUUAAGGGACACAUAAUAACACAUCUUAAAUGUUUUCAAUAAAAGUGAUGUUAUUUUCUUUAUUA